CACCCCGAGACUGCGCACUGCUGAACUGAUCGUUCUUCUGCGAAUUCAUGAUACGUAUCCGACAUUAAACGCGAAUUUAACUUCACUUCUGGCUGUUCGUGUGUUAUAAUUGAACGCCAUGUCCUACAACUACGUGGUGACGGCGCAAAAGCCCACGGCUGUGAACGCGUGUAUCACGGGUCACUUCACAUCAGCUGAGGAUCUGAACCUGUUGAUAGCGAAGAACACACGUCUGGAGAUCUAUGUGGUCACCGCUGAGGGUCUGCGGCCUGUCAAGGAGGUCGGCAUGUACGGCAAGAUCGCAGUCAUGGAGCUCUUCAGACCAAAGGGCGAGAGUAAAGAUCUUUUGUUCAUUUUGACUGCCAAAUACAACGCCUGCAUCCUGGAGUACAAGCAGAAUGGAGAUAGUAUCGAUAUCAUCACCCGCGCUCAUGGCAAUGUUCAGGACCGGAUUGGGCGUCCAUCAGAGACCGGGAUCAUUGGUAUAGUGGAUCCAGAAUGUCGGAUGAUCGGCUUGCGGCUCUAUGACGGCCUAUUUAAGGUCAUCCCACUGGAUCGUGACAACCGUGAGCUGAAAGCAUUCAACAUCCGGCUGGAGGAGCUACAGGUCAUAGAUGUACAGUUCCUGUACGGCUGUCAGGCGCCCACAGUCUGCUUUAUAUACCAGGAUCCUCAGGGCAGGCAUGUGAAGACGUACGAGGUCUCUCUCAGGGAGAAAGAAUUUAACAAAGGGCCCUGGAAACAGGAAAAUGUGGAAGCGGAAGCAUCAAUGGUCAUUCCAGUCCCUGAGCCGUUUGGUGGUGCUAUAAUUAUUGGACAGGAGUCAAUCACUUAUCAUAAUGGAGACAAAUACUUAGCCAUCGCUCCACCUACUAUUAAGCAAAGCACCAUUGUUUGUCAUAACCGUGUGGAUCCCAAUGGCUCGCGGUACCUGCUGGGAGAUAUGGAGGGCAGACUCUUCAUGCUGCUGUUGGAGAAAGAAGAGUUGAUGGAUGGAGCUGUAGUGCUUAAAGACCUGCGAGUCGAGCUUUUAGGAGAGACCUCUAUCGCUGAGUGUCUGACAUACUUGGAUAAUGGUGUGGUGUUUGUGGGUUCGAGGCUUGGAGAUUCUCAGUUAGUUAAGCUGAGUGUGGACAGUAACGACCAAGGUUCCUAUGUGGCUGUCAUGGAGACCUUCACUAACCUGGGACCCAUAGUGGACAUGUGCGUGGUGGACCUUGAAAGACAAGGACAAGGCCAGUUGGUGACCUGCUCCGGAGCGUUUAAGGAAGGCUCGCUGAGGAUUAUUCGCAACGGCAUAGGAAUCCAUGAGCACGCCAGCAUCGACCUGCCUGGAAUCAAAGGACUGUGGCCUCUUCGCUCAGAGUCAGGCAGAGACACUGAUGACAUGCUCGUCCUGUCUUUUGUGGGUCAGACCAGAGUGCUGAUGUUGAGUGGAGAGGAGGUGGAGGAGACUGAACUUCCAGGGUUUGUGGAUAAUCAGCAGACGUUCUUCUGUGGGAAUGUAGCACACCAGCAGCUCAUACAGAUCACGUCGGUGUCUGUGCGGCUGGUCACUCAGGACACGAAGGCUCUGGUGAGCGAGUGGAAAGAGCCUCAGGGCAGGAACAUCAGCGUGGCGUCCUGUAACAGCACACAGGUGGUGCUGGCCGUGGGCCGGGUCCUCUAUUAUCUUCAGAUACUAACAGGAGAACUCAAACAGAUCAGCUCUACAGAGAUGGAGCAUGAGGUGGCGUGUUUGGACAUCACUCCUCUGGGUGACAGCGGAGGAGAGUCCCACAUUUGUGCUGUGGGCCUUUGGACGGACAUCUCGGCACGUCUGCUCAAGUUACCCUGCUUCAGCCCGCUGCAUAAAGAGAUGUUGGGUGGAGAGAUCAUACCUCGCUCUAUCCUCAUGACCACAUUUGAGGGCAGUCAUUACCUGCUGUGCGCUCUGGGAGACGGGGCACUCUUUUACUUUGGAUUGGACAUUCAGACAGGUGUUCUAAGUGAACGGAAGAAAGUGACUCUCGGCACACAGCCAACGGUUCUGCGCACGUUUCGCUCUCUCUCCACAUCCAAUGUGUUUGCCUGUUCAGACAGACCCACCGUCAUCUACUCCAGUAACCACAAGUUGGUCUUUUCUAAUGUCAAUCUAAAGGAGGUGAACUACAUGUGCCCGCUCAACUCUGAGGGCUACCCUGACAGUUUGGCUCUGGCCAAUAACAGCACUCUGACCAUCGGCACCAUUGAUGAGAUCCAGAAACUCCACAUCCGAACUGUUCCUCUCUACGAGUCACCCAAGCGGAUCUGUUAUCAGGAGGUGUCUCAAUGUUUUGGAGUUUUGUCCAGCAGAGUAGAAAUGCAGGACGCCAGUGGAACCACAGCAGCCAUGCGGCCCAGCGCUAGUACACAGGCAUUGUCCAGCAGCAUGAGCUCCAGUAAACUGUUUCCAAGCAGCACUGCUCCUCAUGAAACGUCUUUUGGAGAGGAAGUGGAGGUUCACAGUUUACUGGUGGUUGAUCAGCACACAUUUGAGGUGCUGCAUGGGCAUCAGUUCCUACAGAAUGAAUACGCUCUGAGCAUGGUCUCCUGUAAGCUGGGGAGAGAUCCUGCUGUUUAUUUCAUAGUUGGCACAGCAAUGGUGUAUCCAGAGGAGGCGGAGCCUAAACAGGGCCGCAUCAUCGUCUUUCACUAUACAGACGGUAAACUGCAAACAGUUGCGGAGAAGGAGGUGAAAGGAGCCGUUUACUCAAUGGUGGAGUUUAAUGGCAAACUGCUGGCCAGCAUCAACAGCACGGUGCGUCUGUACGAGUGGACAGCAGAGAAGGAACUGCGCACUGAGUGUAAUCACUAUAAUAACAUCAUGGCCCUGUAUCUGAAGACUAAAGGAGAUUUCAUACUGGUGGGCGACCUGAUGCGCUCCGUGCUGCUGCUGGCCUAUAAACCCAUGGAGGGAAGCUUUGAGGAGAUUGCACGUGACUUUAAUCCAAAUUGGAUGAGUGCUGUUGAAAUCUUGGAUGAUGACAACUUCCUUGGAGCAGAGAAUGCAUUCAACUUGUUUGUCUGCCAAAAAGACAGUGCGGCAACUACAGAUGAGGAGAGACAGCACCUGCAGGAGGUCGGCUUGUUUCAUCUGGGAGAGUUUGUCAAUGUGUUUUCACAUGGAUCUCUGGUUCUACAGAACCUGGGCGAGAGCUCUACUCCUACCCAGGGUUCUGUGCUCUUCGGCACUGUUAACGGAAUGAUUGGUUUGGUGACGUCACUUUCAGAGAGCUGGUACAGUUUACUGCUAGACCUCCAGAACAGACUCAACAAGGUCAUCAAGAGUGUUGGCAAGAUUGAGCACAGCUUUUGGAGGUCAUUCCAUACAGAGCGCAAGACUGAGCAAGCCACAGGGUUCAUAGAUGGAGAUCUUAUUGAGAGCUUCCUGGAUUUGGGUCGUGCCAAGAUGCAAGAGGUGGUCAGCACACUGCAGAUUGAUGACGGUAGUGGAAUGAAGCGGGAAGCUACGGUGGACGAGGUCAUUAAGAUUGUAGAGGAGCUCACGCGGAUCCACUAACCUGCCAGAGCGUCACAGAUCUGUACAUAACUAUAAAUAAAUCAGAGAAUGUGAUGGGUGUGCGUUCGCUUCUCCAUGAAUUCUCCCGUCACAGCUCACACACCAAGCACAUUUGUGUUGUUUGUUGUAUGAGCAUCAAGAUAUUGAGUCGAGGGAAUAUCCUCAUUGUCAGCACUGUUGUGAUUUUCAGUAGUUUUAGUGAAGCGUUUGUCAUUAUGUUUCUCUGUUCGUUUAUUUUAAUAAAGUUUGCUUCAAUACA